CAGACGGAGGUCCGGACGAAGCGACGGGCGCCAAGGAUACGCGUUUGAAGGACGGUCACGAUUGACAGACGGAGAACGCGAUUGGCUACGAAUAUGCCUGUCUAGGCUGCCCCCGCCGCCACCGCCGACGUCGUCGUCUGCUCGACGCUCGUUCCCCUUGACUCGUACUACCCGUGUAAUAUCGUCCCUAGAUCCCCUCGGCCGUCCUCUCCCUUCACACUCGUUCUUGUCCCCCGCCUCCCCACCAAAGCCCAACCCGAGUCUCUGUUGCCACCCGUCGUUACACCAUGUUCACCCUCGCCCGUCGUUUCCGGUCCACUCUCCUUUUCGCUGCGCUGGCCUCUGCUCUUGUCCUCGCCGACGGUUCUCACGAACACCGUGGGCUCAGCCAUGCUCACCGUCAUCUCGUUGUCAACCUCACUGAGCCCGACGGCCACAUUCAAAAGCGUUUCGACAACACACGCUUCACUUACUUCGAAGUCGGCCAGAAUGCUUGUGGCGGGUUCGACCAUGACAACGACUUCAUCGUCGCGUUGACCGCACUCCAAUGGGAUGGCGGCUCACACUGCUACGAAGAAAUCACCAUUUCGUACCAAGGCAAGUCCACCAAAGCCAAGAUCACCGACGAGUGCGAGGAAUGCCCCUACGCGGCGAUCGACCUGUCGCCUGGCCUCUUCAGUUUCCUCGCAGGGGGGCUCGACGCCGGUGAAGUGUACGGCCAGUGGUCCUUCGGCGGCGGCGACCCGCCUACCCCCACCACUUCCUCGACCCCUCCCCCUCCCCCUCCUACUACCACGCACACCACGCCCAAGACGACGUCGACCACCCACACGACGUCCACGUCGCACUUCACCUCCACCACGCACUCGACGACGAGCACGACGAGCACGACACCGACGUCGACGUCGACGUCGACGUCCACCACCUCGUCCACCACCCCGUCCACCACCUCGUCAGCCCCCACCGCGACGGUCACUUCGUGGGACACCGGCAACCUGAACCAGUUCAACUUGGCACUCAUCCAGCUCAUCGACCUGAGCAACGCUAUCUUGGCUUCGCCCAGCGAUGCCGAGUAAGCAUGGUCCGCCUAGAAUGCCUGCGCAUAUACCCAGAAAGGUACCGCGCCCGAAGCCUGCCUGGUUGUCGAAGUUAUCGCAUCAUUCCGCUGUCCCCAUCCUCAUAUGAUAUGCGGCCUGGUUCCGUUCUGAAAUCUCCAUUCCCUCAUCAGGAUGGAUACGUAUGAUAUACCAGAAUCUAGUACAUUGUCCCGC